CUCUCCCCGCUCUCCUCACCCCGCUCUCCUCGCUCUCCCCACGAAGAGCCGCGGCCCCAGUCGCAGUCGCAGUCUGACGAUUGGAACAUUUAACUUCUUUGGAAAGAAAGGCAGCACACUGCACAAAAUAUCUAAAACAUGGCAGAGAAUAACUUCCCCCCGCUCCCAAAGUUCAUCCCAUUGAAGCCAUGUUUUUACCAGGAUUUUAAUGAGAUUCCGGAUCACCAUCGCUCCUUGGCAAAGCGCAUUUACUAUCUGUGGGCCUUGAACAGCAUCACACUUGCAGUGAAUUUGAUCGGCUGCCUAGCUUGGUUGAUUGGAGGAGGAGGAGCUGUCAACUUUGGCCUGGCCUUUCUCUGGCUCAUUCUGUUCACACCUUGCUCUUAUGUUUGCUGGUUUAGACCAAUCUACAAGGCCUUCAAGUCGGAUAGUUCGUUCAAUUUUAUGGCAUUCUUUUUUACGUUCAUGGCACAGCUGGUGAUUAGCAUUAUUCAAGCCGUUGGAAUUCCUGGCUGGGGAGUCUGUGGCUGGAUCGCUACUAUUGGAUUCUUUGGGACCAAUGUUGGCUCGGCGGUUGUGAUGUUGAUUCCAACUAUAAUGUUUACAGCUGUGGCUGUGCUGUCUUUCGUCGCUCUGACCAAGGUUCACAACUAUUACCGCGGCAGUGGGGGCAGCAUGAGCAAAGCUCAGGAGGAAUGGACGACGGGGGCAUGGAAGAACCCGCAUGUACAACAGGCAGCCCAGCAAGCUGCUGUCGGAGCAGUCCAGGGGUCCGUGCCGAACCCGCAGUACACAGAGUACUCUGACACCCCCAACUACGCCCUCAACAACCAGAUGUAAGCUUCUGCAUUAAUGCACCUCGUCAGUUUACAGCAGAACCCCUGCAUCCAGGGUCAGGUGGAAAGUGCAGCGUGUAUGUUUUAUUUUUCCCUUCUCCGUGAAUAUUGUUCAGAGAUCAGGUGUUCUGAAAAGCAGCUAAUAUUUGUGAUGUACACUAGAAGCCAAGAUCUUGGUUACUGUAGAACAAUGUGCAAAAUAGUUUUAAAAGGUGUGACGUUAUCGAUAUUGAAAUUGUUUGUGAUGAUAUAGGAUCCUUCCAGCUUCAAGAAUAAUCAUGCACACGUGCAAAUGUGGGAACGGUAGUUCAAUAACACUGCCAGAAUGCCAGGAACAUCUGCAGAUGGGCAUAGAGAAAUUCCUGGCCCAUAGAUCACUCCUGGCAUUGAUUACUGUAUUGAGAUCGACAUUGUGAUUUUCCAAGGCUCUUUUGUGGAAUGCAGAGUAUUAGCGAAAAGUUUGGCGAGUCUGUAGUGGCGUAAAAUAAGGGAAACUGCUUCAAUAGAUCCAUUUGUUUUAAGUUCCCACCUGUGUUU